CUGCUAAACAGGGAUUAGGAGGAAACAGAAAUUUUCCCCCGUCUCCCUGGACCAACUCUUCCCAUCACUUAGCAGAGCAGAAGAGACAGCUGAAGGAGAAUGAGAGCAAUCGGCAGGAGAUUAACCUGACACUGGAUGCAGUCUCGGAUUCCCAGUGGCCCCUGAGUGCUCUGUCCGUCCCUUGAGAUGGAUGAAAUGAAUCCGCUGGAAAGGGAACACUCGCUGUGCGUCGUUCUCCCAGCGGGGAUCGAAAAGAACAUUACAGUGCAUGGAAGUAAGCCGGUGAUGGACUUACUCGUGACACUGUGUGCAAAUUACCAUCUCAAUCCUUCUGAUCACACUGUUGAGUUCCUGUCGCCUAACAAGAACAACAUCAGCUUCAAGCCUAACUCUCCUAUCGGCUUGUUGGAAGCCGAGAAGAUUUUGUUGAAGCCAAAAGGGACCGAAGAAAAAACGAAGAAGCCGUACAUGCCCGAAGCAACCGUACGUUUACUGAUCAACUACAACAAGUCCCAUAAGACAGUGUUGCGGGUGAAUCCCAGGGCGCCGCUCGAGACGGUGCUGCCGGCAGUGUGCGACAAGUGUGAGUUGAACGUGGAGACGACCAUCUUACUGAGAGACCUGCAGUCCAAAGAACCGCUGGAUUUGACCAAGAGCUUGAAUGACCACGGAUUGAGGGAGGUGUUCGCUAAAGACACAGCAGCUCAGGACUGCCAAAACAAGACAGCUGGAGGAGCAGGGACACCAACAGAGGUCAUCUCACCAACUCCAUCACAAGACUUGCAAAGGAAGGAAAGGAAACAAAGGAGAAGAGGCUUCUUUAGCUUUUUCAGAAGACGGAAGAAGAAAAACGAAACGAACGGGUCGGUGAGUGCUCCGACGUCUCCCGGCCUGGGGAAGCAAGUGAGAGUCCGUGGGAAUUCGGAGAGCGUUUCGUCAACUCACACCCUGCCGGCCGACACGCCUAAAAAACGCCCAGCGCCACAGCCGCCUGUUGCAGUCUCCCAGAGCGUCCCUAGCAACCUGAGCGCCUGUAUUCAAGGAGCACAGUCAUCGGGAGAACUUACCUUAAGGAAUACGAAGAGGAAAGCUCCACCGCCCCCCUGUGCAAACACACAAUCUGAGCAGAGAGAAGGAACUGAUGCGGGAGAGUCCCUGAAGAUCCUGGAAGGGCUGAGAGAGACUGACGAUUCCUUGUCCUCUUCAAGCCCAUCACUGACUCGUCUGCAGGAAGCGCCCGACUCGUAUCGGCCUUCGUUUCGAGGGAGAGACCUAUCCGACGCCCGCUCGGCUCUCGCUAAAGUCCUCACGUCCUCCGUCUCCAAAGGGACGCUGGUGAGGCGUUUGAGAAACUCCGCCGCCUUCCCGAACUUUAACGUUGCGUCCUGCGUGUCCACAACUUCAAAGUGUCUGGAUGAGGGAGACCGCUGUGCAGAGCACGAGUCUGCUUUCAGAUCUAACCUCCCGACUGAGAACGAGUGGACGGAGCCAGAACACAGGACUGGAUGGACUACCUUUAAAGUCGUGCCCCUGAAGAAACCGGCUUCCUCUGAUCAAGAGGUGAUGCAUGACACUCAGGACUGCUCCGACUUACCUGUAAUUGAUGACAAAGAAACAAACGAGAAACGGAAGGAAGUAGAUCCAGAAGAUCCUGCGCCAGUAGAUGGUUGUGAUAACUCAGAAAAUCAGAGCGAGUCUGGUUUGAGUCCUGACGCAGACGUUGUUCCAUGUAGUUCAUGCACUGUUGGAGAGAAUGUUUCACAUGAAGAAAUUGAAGAGGAUGUUUCACAUGAAGAAGACGAGGAAGCUGUCUUCCCUCCCCCUCCUCCACCUGUUGUUUUUACAGAGGACAUGGAAACUGUGGAGAAAGAAGAUUCCCAAGCUAGUCCCGUCUUCAACGGGCACAAGAAGGCAUUUAGCGUAGCUCACAACAACGCUUCCUCCGCUGCAUCUGACCAGCCGACUGUGGCGCCGUCCAGAUUUGCCCAGGCUGUAGCCCUGGCCGUGCAGAGGGCCCGUCUAAAGAGACGGGGCCUCGGCGAGAGCUCAGGCCCUCAAGCCUCCAGCGGUCCAAACGGCACUCAUCCAUCGCCUUCCAGGUCCUCAUAUCAGUAUGGUGCCUGACCUGCGUCUGUGUCCAGCUUUCAGCACGGACGAAAGACACCGGACCCAGACCAGCUCAUAGUUUUCAAUAAGCUGUGCAGUUUUUCUCUUUUUCUUUUUAGUUUUCACUUAAUGUUCAUGUGUUUAAACACAAAUGCUUUGCUCUGGAGAAUGCCAAAUGUACAGGUUAGAGUUGCUCCUAUAUAUAUAUAAUUAUAAUUAAAUUUUUCAUGUGCCAAAGUGGAUGUAAUGCUGAUUUGAGAGCUUUUUCUUGUUUAUUUAAAACAAAUGAGAAGUAACCUGUAUUAAUAGUAUUUUUUUGGAAAAAUAUUUUGUUUUAGGGUGGUUUGGUUUUCAGCCAGCAGGUGGCAGAGGAGUGUUUCUUGUAAAUUUAAAAUCCAAACGUCUUUUUUUGUUUUUGUUUUUUUGUAAGAUUUUCAUAUCAUCCAUUCUAGUGGAUUUAUCCCUGAAAAUAUGCCGCACAAUUUUAUUGCAAUUUUAGCCAGAAAUGAUUUGUUAAUUGUUUUCAUCAAGGAGCCAUGAAAGCAACCUCUGUUUCAGGGACACGCCUACAAUAAAAAGACUCCAACAACGA